ACACCGCUUGACGCGUUCGACCUAAGCCACAGGAAGUACUGCAUGGAAGAAAUACCGCUCAGUCUCACCUAAAAGCAGAAGUCAACACCUUCCAGCCGACCCAAGGUCUCAUUCGUAUAUUGUCGAAAUCUGAACCUAGUCAAUCUUCUCGCAGUCACAUACUGACAAGACAUCGAAUAAAGAUGGAGAUGGCGGGUAAUACCUACGAGACCAAGUCUCAGUGGACGUUCUUCAAUAAGUGGUGGUCCUCGACUUUCCAUCCUCUUCGCUCUCGAAACCCUCUGUACAUUUCUUGCUGUGCAAGUCUUGUCUUCCUCCUUCUUCUUCUCUCCUCCGUCUUCAGUCAGGCAGGUCCUGAUUUUCACCUCUUCUCCGCUCCGCCCUCCUCCCAUCACAUUCCUUUACAGGUCUACCGUCCCCCGACUCUCUUCCCCCACCCGUCUCCGGCAAACGACAGCGUUCACGAUGGUGCACCUCAACCCUCUCUCUCUGUUGAUCGGCGCAGCUGGACUAUCCGCUGCUGUUGCUCUUCCUGCUGGUCAGGCUCGAGUCCAUCAAUCAUCACGUCCCAGUACGACUUCAACUGCAGACCUGGUCAGGGCCACUGUGGAUUUGAACCCUCUGCACAUUCAAGCCGUCAUUGCACGAGAUGAAGGACUUGAAGCUAGACAUAGCAACAAAAAGCACCAUGGUAAAGGUAGAAAGCAUGGGAAACACGGCAAGAAUCGUCGUGAGGAACAAGGGGCCGACAAGCGAGACUUUGUCGGAAAACUCGGACGACGUGCGAGGAAUCGAAUGCCUCAGGGACAAUCCCAACCUCAUCGCGCUGCUGAAGACAACCAAGGUAGUGGAGAUGCCCAAGCGGGUGAUGGUCAAUCUAAAUCGGACAUGAUCAACGUCGAUUUGGGAGAUGGACCGCAUGAUCAUCACGGCUCCCUGGUCAACGUACAGGCCCGAGACCCCCGUCAUCGUCACUACUAUGACGAUGAUGACUGGGAACAUGACCAUGACCAUGACCACGAC